AUGGCAACAGCUGCAACACUAAACCAGGAGCCUUUUUUGCCCACAGAACCGAAGCAGCAGCAUCUGUCGCCCAAUUCAUAUGUCGAUGCAGCUGGGGGAAAUGUUGACACUUUCUCUCAGAAUGGGAGACCUCCUCCCGAACUCUACUCUGGACAAGGCGAGGAUGCGACUCCACGAAGUCCUAGGCGAACUUCUCACAAGAAGUCUACAUCAUUGAAGACGAACGGCAUCUCAAAGGAGAAGAAAGAUGGUCAAGUAGUAGUGGAGAGGUACGAAGAUAAGGACGGCGAACAUCUAGUCAGCAUCAGGCAGGCAUGGGACAGAGGAAAGGGCAAGCAAAUGGCAGCAAGGCGCAACAGCGAGCUUGUUAGUGGACGAAAAGCCGGAGCAGGCUGGGAGCAGAGCCAUAUCCACUUCGCUCCCCUCUCAGUUCCUCUGAAAAGACGCCUGCAAACUCUCGUUGUCCUUGGGCACACUCUCAGCAUUGCCUUGCUUCUCGGCACCUUCUUCCUCCUCUGCGCCAUCCCACUAUUCUGGCCUAUCCUCGUUCCCUACCUCAUAUAUGUCCUAUUCUCCAACGCUGGACACUCUGGCACUCUAUCCCACCGCUCCAAUUUCCUUCGAUCUCUCCCAAUCUGGUCGCUUUUCGCUUCAUAUUUCCCCGCCCGCCUCCAUCGCUCCGCCCUUCUCGCCCCAACACGCAAAUACAUCUUUGGCUAUCACCCGCACGGCAUUAUCUCGCAUGGGGCCUUUGCGGCAUUUGCGACCGAAGCCCUCGGAUUCUCCCAGCUUUUCCCGGGGAUUACAAAUACUCUCCUCACCCUCGACUCUAAUUUUCGGGUUCCUCUAUACCGUGAAUACACAUUAUCGAUGGGACUGGCCUCUGUAUCCCGAGAAUCUUGCGAGAAUCUACUUUCGCGUGGUGGUGCAAAUGGAGAGGGAAUGGGGAGGGGCAUCACGAUAGUCGUGGGUGGUGCUCGGGAAUCUUUGGACGCACAACCGCACUCUCUUCGUCUUGUGCUCAAGCGCCGAAAAGGUUUUGUCAAGCUUGCCAUUCGUACAGGCGCAGACUUGGUGCCCGUCCUCGCUUUCGGCGAAAACGAGUUGUAUGAUCAGGUGCAGCCCGAGCAGCACCCACUUAUUCACAAAAUCCAACUUGUGAUUAAGAAAGUAUUGGGCUUUACUGUUCCCCUCUUCCAUGCGCGAGGUGUAUUCAAUUACGACGUAGGCAUGAUGCCCUACCGACGGCCGCUCAAUGUCGUGGUGGGCAGGCCAAUCAAGGUGCAGCAGGCAAGCAAGCCAGAGGAGACAUAUGUAGACGAGCUGCAUGACCUAUAUGUUAAGGAGUUGGAGAGGAUAUGGGAGGAGUGGAAAGAUGAAUUUGCCAGGGAGAGAACCGGAGAGCUGCAAAUCGUCGAGUGA